UGUUCCAAAAGAACACACAAGUUCUGCCAGGGAUGGGAGUACAAGCAGACCAGAACCAGAAACAGAUCCAAACCAACAAACAAAUUCUGCCAGUGUUGGGACUGCAAUCAGACAAGAGCCAAGCAACUUUCCAGUCAGAGAACCAAUCACUGAUGCAGAGAGGGGACUUCCCGAAGAUUGUUGCUGUAGUUUCUCCCUCAAGAAGGACUCCAUCAUCGAUGCUCUCAUGUGUCUGAGCUACUUCCCAGUCAAAAAACCUACCACUGUUGCAGAGGUGGUAGCUCUCAACGAUUGGUGCUGUGGACUGUCCCUCGAGACGGGCGCCAUGAUCGCUGGUGUCCUGUUUCUGGUAUGGAGCCUUGUGCAGAUUGCGAUAUCAUCACUCAUUUUGUUCAUGCUGGGCACCUAUUACCGUUUAUAUGAGGCAGGAUCAGUUACUGACAUAGUGAUGACUGCAUACUUUAUAUAUUACAUUAUCGAGGCUAUCUGUAACAUAAUUCUCCUCCAUGGAAUCGUCAAGGCGAAGACUGUCUUGUUUUUACCAUGGUUGAUUAUUAAAACCCUGGGGGACAUAGCAGUGAUCGUAAUAGCUGUUAUCGCAUGGUCUGCUGUUUUUUGGUAUGAACGUCCUUCUGUCGGUAUCAGUAUAUUAUUUAUGUGCAUCAUCUACUUGUUGCCCAACGUAUACUUCCUGCGAGUUGUCUACAGCUACUACUGGAUGCUCGAAAAGAACCCAGAGUCUGACAGGCUGGUACCUAAGAAUGAGAAUAUACAGUUGUGAACUGAGAUGUUUACUUUUGUAGUUUGAAUCACCAUUAUUUCUGUGAAACACUUAGCUGAUGAAACUGCUUUGGACGUCUGUGAAUGUUGAAGAAAGAAUGGUUAUUAUUAUUAGUAUUAGUUUUGACAGUGAAUCUAGAAUCCAUGUACUUCAUUUAUCGUUAAUGGUGUCUACACUUUAUAACUCAGACUAGACUUACUGCUUCCAUUCUCAUAAACAGUGGAUUUCAUAAAUAAUGCCAGAGACUAUUGAAGGAUACAAGAAUUCAUUUUGCAGUGUUUUCCAUUGACUUUUGUGUAUAUAACCGUCGACUGUUGCAACUAGUAAAGAAUAGUUAAGUAGUUGUUAUUCAGUGUUGUCGGAAAAAACGUACUUAUUUAUUUUCAUUAUGUGUGUCACUGUGACUGAAUUUCAAUUUUUGUAACAUAAUGAUGAUCUUCAAUCAAUGUUACAUGUCAUUUGUAGACAAAAAAUAAGACUUUUAGACUAUUUAAUUUUCUUAAAUGAAGAUUAAUAGUUGAAUGUAUUUUUAUUGAAAUUAAUAAAUGUAAAAUUUCUGUUCCAUUAUCUUUGUUAAUUUCCUUGUAAAAUUAAAUCCAUGUCAUGAAAACACUGAUUUUUGUAGAUAAUUGGCAGUCAUCUGUUAGGCUGUACAACAAAAGGAGCUGACAUAAAAUAAUGCUGUUAACAAAUGCAAGCAAUAUUAUUUUCAAGUUAUUAGGACUGUACAUGAAUAAAUUAUUUUUUUAUCAAACUAGAAUUGCUGAUUUAAAUAAGUUCCAUAUAUAAAUCCAUCAAUCUCUUUUAAAAAUUUUGAAUUAUAAAAUAUCAGCAGUUUGGACUUACAGUAGCUUAUCCCAGGGGUUGCCUGUGUAAAUCAUGAUAUUCUUUCAUAGAAGUAAUACUUUAUUAAAUUUCUGUGUAUAGCCAUCUGCUGUAAGAAGUAGAUUAAAGUGUGUUAAAUAAUUCAGUUAAUUCACACAUUAUUUGUAUGGGAAAAAAUUAUAAGGUUCGACAAAGGAUUUCUAUUGUUGUUGCUUUUUAUGUCUUGUCUGUGCUUUGUUUAACUUUGAUCCAUAAAACACAGAAUAUUUAAUAAAUGCCAUACACCAGUAGUAAAGUGAUGCAGUUUAAAUGUUAAAGUAUGUGGUUCAACUAGUUCUGCUGUAAAAACAGUUGCCUAGUAUUGGAACACAUAAAUGAGUAAAAUAACAUGCACGACAUUGGUGCCACUUAAUAACUGUGCAAAAUAAAGAAUUUAGAAUUAUAUAUUUAAGUAAUGGGAAACACUAACAACUGGCUCAGCAUACAUUUUGGCUUUGGUGCAAUUUAUUCUCAGCAAUACAAUUCAAAAUAAUGUAUAUCAUUAAGAUUCUCAUAUACAUACCAGAAGGAAAACCAACCUAUACUAAUCAGUAGCAUCUAUAAUUCUGGCAUCAUAAAAUAGUAACAGAUAUAACACUCUUUUAUAAUCAGGCUCUGAAAAUAAAAUGUCAGAGAGACCGCAGUGAAGUGUGCUCUGAUCUGAAACUUCCUGACAGAGUUAAGCUAUGUCCCAGUACAUGGUUUCCCACAUGGAAGUGCUCACUCAGCUAAGCCAUCCAAGUAACCGCCCUCGCAGCUUUGCUCCUGCCAGUACCUUUUGGUCUUGAGACGUGCUUCAAUAUCUCAACAGGCUGAACACUUUCCUGUGAAAGCUGGUGAUACUGAGAUUCUCAAACUAUGUACUUUUCCAUGUUUUUACUCACUGUUUAAAAUGUUGUAUAAUAAAAUGGCUUACCACAUGUCGCAACCCUGUAA